CGCAAACAAAUACAACCAUACCGCGCAAUCUUCACGAUGAAUGAGAUAGUUGAUAAACGCUUUGCACGAGUAGAGAAGGCUCUCGCAACUCUUGUCCAAUCACUCUCAACCUAUAACCCUUCGACUGCCCACGCCAAUGACCUUGUCGCAGCCGACAAAGAGCUUAGCCAAGGACUUGAGCAAGGUUAGCAAAACUGCUUCACAAUCAUUCUUCAAACAUCCUCUAACAAUAUAUAGUCUCAAAACACCAAGCCAACUAUGCCAAAAUACAAGAGUUACGCGUCACUUCCGAUCAGCUCGAUGCUCAAAUCCGCGAUACCUUGAUCCUCCUCACCACCACACGUCAAGAGCUACUUGCAACAUCUUCCACCAGCUUCCCUGCAUCUGCCAACACCGUUUCAUACUCUGAACUUCUCUCCUACGCCCGCCGUAUAAGCAAGUUUACGCUUCCGAGCACAUACAGGGAAGGGGAGGUUAAAAGUAACUCAGAUACUGGAGAAGCAGGCACCAAUACACCUAGAGAGCCCGGAUCUCAAUCCCACACAAAUGGAAACUCUACCCCAGUGGCGCCUUUGAAUGGCGUAGGUUCCCAAAUGACCGGGAUACCAUCGUUUGGCGAGAACUCAGCUGUCGCUGCACAAUCUACGGAACCGUCUUCCCAAACCGCUUUGCCCACGGAAUGGACACAAUAUUUAAACGCGCCCGGAGAAGCACCAUUUGUUCCAUGGCCUUCUGAGGAUAUUAUCAGAAGAGGUGCGCUGGCUAGUAUUGAAAUCCUGAUCAACAAAGGAGUUGACCCUGCCACAUUUGAUCCAGAGAAGAGCGCGGAGCUGGAGGCUGAACGGAAGAGAAUCCAAGAGGAAGAGGACUUGAAAAGGGCAGAAGAAUUGGCACGAAUGGAAGAAGAGCGACGUAAAGCUAUGGAGAGAAGAAUGAGUUCUAGUGCUGGUGUUCAGAGGCCACAGGAGAAGAGCGCCUUCCAGCUUGAGACUUUUGAUGACGAUGAUGAGGAUUGAUUGUCUCUUGGCAUGGAUGUAGGAGUACGAGAAAUAGAGAUAGCAAACGGG